AUGAACAAUCUCAGAUACUGCUUCUUUGCUGUUUUGAUUCUAAGUGUUUCACUUUCAUUUGUUUUCUAUGCUGUUGACUUGCAUGCACAAAAAUCUCUUCGGAGGCUGAACAUCUCGGUGAGUUCAACUUUAGCAGAAGCCUGUAAAGCACUUACUGAAGAUAAGGCACCCUUUCUGAAGGAAAAUGCUUUAAAAACAUCAGUCAUCGAAUCUAGUUGCACGGAGUACAUCACGCAGAAUCACUACAUCACCUGCGCCCUCUCAGCCGAGGAGGCUGCCUUCCCCAUUGCCUACGUCAUGACCCUGCACAAGGAGUUUGAGACCUUCGAGCGACUCUUCAGGGCAGUGUACAUGCCCCAAAAUGUCUACUGCAUCCACGUGGAUGCCAAGGCGCCGGCCCCCUUCCAGCAGGCGGUGAGGCGCCUGGUGGGUUGCUUCCCCAAUGCCUUCCUCGCCUCCCGGGCAGAGCGGGUGGUCUACGGUGGCAUCUCCCGCCUGCGGGCCGACCUCCACUGCAUGAGAGACCUCUUGGCCUCGACUGUGCCCUGGCGCUACUUGCUCAACACCUGCGGCCAGGACUUCCCCUUGAAGACCAACCAGGAGAUUGUCCGGCUGCUGAAGGGCCUUGGGGGGAAGAACGUCACCCCUGGGGUGCUGCCACCCCCCCACAUCACCUCACGCACCAAGUACGUGCACAGGGAGCAAUUAUACUCUUUUUUUUCUUUCAUGCUGGGGACAUUUGUGCACAAGGCACCCCCACCCCACAACCUCACCAUCUACUUUGGUUCCGCAUACGUGGCCAUCACGCGGCCCUUCGUGGAGUUCGUGCUGCAGGACCAGCGUGCCAUCGAUCUGCUGGCGUGGUCUGAGGACACCUACAGCCCCGAUGAGCACUUCUGGGUGACGCUCAACAGGAUCCCAG